UGUGUUUCAGUUACCUUAGAGCCGACUAGAAACAUGCCAAACUGUAUGUGGGAGCUUCAAACUUAUUCAGAACAAAAAAAAGAAACAUGUCUUCUACCGCCGUAUUUAUGUUUUCCAAUUACGCUCAAACAAGGAACCAUUUUAGUGGGUCAGAUUUGUCUUGGCACUUUUGUUGGCUGUAUGGAAAAGGUUCCGGCAUAGCAUGUUGUCUCGAGGACUGACUGCCCUGACACCAGGGAAGAUUUUACUCUCAACUGUUUACACGCGGAUGUAACACUGAAAUCGUAUGGCAAAAUAUGUAAAAUAACUUCACCAGGAGGUCAAAGAAUUUAUUUAAGCGAACAAGAAAAAUAAUGGACACAUGUAACAUUAUUUCACGUUGCUGUUAGUGCUGAGAUCAAGGUUCAGUUCAGAGUAAAACAACCCGGACGCCUGCUCACUUUACAUUAAAAGUGGUGUCAAAAUGUCAGAGUCUGCUGACAGCCGCAUCAAAACUUUAAAUUUCAAUGUCGGGGUGCUCGGGCAUGUUGACAGUGGGAAGACAUCCCUUGCCAGGGCGCUGAGCAGCACUGCUUCCACAGCCGCCUUCGACAAGAACCCACAGUCCCGGGAGAGAGGCAUCACGCUGGACCUCGGCUUCUCCUCUUUCACGGUGGAUCUUCCUGAUCAGCUGCGGGACAGUGAAGCCAAGCAACCGUAUGACAGCCUACAAUUCACUCUGGUGGAUUGUCCUGGGCACGCCUCUCUUAUUCGGACUAUCAUUGGCGGUGCCCAAAUCAUCGAUCUGAUGAUGCUGGUGGUGGAUGUGGUGAAAGGACUGCAGACUCAAACUGCAGAAUGUCUGCUGAUAGGAGAGCUGACCUGUCCUCGCAUGGUGGUCGUCCUCAACAAAAUUGACCUGUUGCCGCCGAACAAGAGACAGAGUGCUAUUGAGAAGAUGACCAAGAGACUGCACAAAACUCUGGAGAGCACCAGAUUCAAGGACUGUCCAGUGAUUUCUGUUGCAGCAAAGCCUGGGGGCCCGGAGGCUCCUGACACAGAGGAGCCACAAGGAGUGCCACAGUUAAUAGAGCUUCUGAAGAAACAGACGUACCUCCCUAAGAGAGACCCUGGAGGCGAUCUUCUAAUGGCUGUGGACCAUUGCUUCUCCAUCCGUGGUCAAGGGACAGUCAUGACUGGAACUAUUCUGCAGGGCUCGUUGGCCAUUAAUGACACUGUGGAAAUCCCAGCACUAAAAGUGACCAAGAAGAUAAAGUCAGUGCAGAUGUUUCGGAAGCCAGUAACGGGGGCGAUGCAGGGCGACCGUGUGGGUGUGUGUGUGACACAAUUUGACCCUAAACUGUUGGAGCGUGGUGUAUUGUGCACCCCUGGGUCCCUGCGCACCCUCUACGCAGCUGUCAUCUCUGUGAAGAAGAUCAGCUACUUCAAGGGCUCCCUCUCCACCAGAGCCAAGUUCCACAUCACAGUAGGUCACGAGACAGUCAUGGCGAAGGUGACUUUCUAUGGCCUGCCACCUCUGGGUGAUUCAAACACCCAAACACCUCCAGCACAGCCCUGCUCACUGGAGACACCGUUCACCUUUGACAGGGAGUAUCAUUACCAGGAUGAGUAUGUCAGCGGUCAGGGAGAGGGAAGUUCAGGACCUGACCCAGAGCAGUGGGCCUUGCUGGAGUUUGAGCGGCCGGUCACAUGCCCCUCACUCUGCCUGGUGAUUGGUUCAAAGCUGGACACAGACAUCCAUGCCAAUACAUGCCGGUUAGCCUUCCAAGGCUGCCUGCUACAGGGCUUUGAAGAUAAAGCCUAUGCUGAGACCUCCCUGCCUCGUCUGCGUAUCUACAAGACAAAACACAAGGAGGGACAGGUGGAAAGGGUGACUGAUGAUUACACUGUGAUUGGACGCAACCUCUUCAAGAAGGAGACCAACCUCCAGCUGUUUGUGGGGUUAAAGGUCACGCUGUCCACAGGGGAGACAGGUGCCAUUGAGGGAGGGUUUGGACAGAGCGGGAAGUUCAAGAUCCGAAUACAAGAGGGCCUUCUCCCUGAAACCAAGCAGCUGUUGUCCUCUGCCUCUAAGAAGAAAGGAAAGGGUGGAGGAAAAGGUGGAAACGAAGAGGAGCCCAAAACAGACUCGCAGCCUGUUAGCAUUUUCUUGCAUUUUAAGCGGUAUAUCUUUGAUCCCCACAAGAAGAUGGUUCAGUCUUGACCUCUGGUGCUCACACUUCAGCCUGAAAUGCUGUCACGGUGCUGAUUUAGAGGUCCUGUGGAGGUACAAGCCUCUGUAUUAAGGGUGUGGUUGCUUUCUCAUCAGCCAUGGGGACAGAGACAGUCUGCUGAAACUGCACUGAUUGUGGAAUGCUGAAUGAAAACAAAACAAUGAUUGUUUUAUCCUCCUUUGUGGAGAUAAACUUAAUCCACUUUGCUCCAUUUCAAGCUGCUCUUCUGUUCCUCAUUUGAGUUGUCUUUAAAAAAAACUACACUUUUGUUCUUCUUAGCUCUGAAUCAAUUCAUUCAACAUGCAGGACUGUUUUCUUUCUCAGUGUUUUAAUCCAGUGAAGGUCUGGUUAUUCCUGUGUGAUAGAUUUAUCGGCUAUGCUGUGUGAUCAUUUUAGAAACUCUUGCUUUCAUUCUUUCAUCAAUGCAAUUUAAUUUACUAUAUGGCAGUUAGAGGAGCAUUUAGGGGUGCUACAUGUUACACCAGAACUUAAUUGACUUAACUUUAAUUGAACACAUUUUUUAGGAGGACAAAUAAAACAAACCUUUGCUGAAACUCUUUUUCUGACUCUUGCUUUUUGUGCAAUCUUUGUUAAUAAACUUGAUGAUAAACUUGAAAUCCAAACUAUUUACGGAACAUCUGAAUUCAAAAUUCAAUUACCAUUCUCAAAAGAUCCUCAUUAAAAGCCUGAAAUAUGAAGAAAUCUCAAUGCUAGGUGGGGCUUGUGAGUGGAGUUAACACUGAUACAUGUGUACUAAAGUCGAAGAAAAACUGAUCACGUGACAAUUCUUCCCAAUGAAUAGACAAUGAAGUUGAACCAU